AUGGAGGUACGGCUUCUCCGGAUUCGAGGUGUCCCACCCGAAACAGGAGAGACCGCGGCCGGGGUGAUGGACGGGGGCCACGGCUCGCAAUCGCAGACCGAACUGUCGGGCUAUGGGGUCGGGCUUCCGCUCAGCCGCCUGUACGCACGACACCUGGGUGGCGACAUCGUCAUCAGCCAGGUGCUGGGCCAUGGCACCGAAGCGAGCGUCUUCCUGAGCCGCCAUGGCAUCAGGGAGGACUUCUGUCUGGGGGACUCCGAGGAGCCCGCCGCCGAAACACACGGCGCGCUGAGGGGCCGGGACAGCAUGCGGGCACCGUUUUAG